ACCUUUAAUUUUGGAAAUAGUUAAUGUUUCAGAGUUAGUGCCUUCUUUUAUCCCGUAGAUAACUGGAUCUCAUGUGGGUUUCUGCCUGCUAUGAAUAUAUGUUUUUUUGCUGCUCUUGGUGAUACCGAGCCAAAAAAAGGAGAGAUGUGGUGUCUUACCGGACAAAGUCAGUGCAACAUAAGGGAAAAGUUCUCCUUAAUAGUUGCUCUGUAAGAAGGAGGAUAUAAAAAGUUAAGGUUUACAUAAUAUACCUGAUAAUGGUAAUAAACUCAUAAUGGUGACUGGUAGAAGGGAGACACCUGUCCUUGACAAUGUCAAGAAGAAAGCUGGAAAAUAAAAGCCUUUCUGGCUUGUUGGACACACCUCUGCACACAACAAUCAAGACAGAGAAUUUCCACAAUUUUUAUACCCUUGAAUCGAAACAGCUAGGAAGAGGAAGAUCUGCUGUGGUCAGAAAAUGUGUGGCUAAAUCCACGGGCCAAGAGUAUGCAGCUAAAUUUUUAAAGAAGAGAAGAAGAGGUCAAGACUGCAAAGCAGAAAUUCACCAUGAAAUUGCUGUACUUGAAUUAAUGAAAUCUAAUCCUCGCAUAGUUAAUCUCCAUGAAGUCUAUGAAACAGCAAAUGAAAUAAUCUUGGUGUUGGAAUAUGCUGCUGGAGGAGAAAUAUUUGACUUGUGUGUCCCAGAUCUGGAUUACAGAAUUGGUGAAAGGGAUAUUGUGAGACUUAUAAGACAAAUACUUGAAGGACUUUGCUGCUUGCAUGAAAACAAUAUUGUUCAUCUUGAUUUAAAGCCUCAGAAUAUUUUGCUGAGCAGCAUCAAUCCUCUUGGUGAUGUAAAAAUCGUAGAUUUUGGUAUUUCCCGGAAGCUUGAGAAUUCCAGUGAACUGCGGCACAUCAUGGGAACAACAGAGUAUCUGGCUCCAGAAAUCUUAAACUACGAUCCUAUUACCACAGCUACAGACAUGUGGAACAUUGGUGUAAUUUCAUACAUGCUGCUGACACAAGAAUCUCCAUUUGUGGGAGCUGAUAUUCAAGAAACUUACCUUAAUAUAUCUCAAGUUAAUGUGGAUUAUUCAGAAGAGACAUUUGCAUCAGUUUCACAGCCUGCCAAAGACUUCAUUCAAAAACUUCUCAUAAAAAAUCCAGAGGAAAGACCCACAGCAGCGGACUGUCUUUCUCAUUUGUGGUUGCAGCAAGGGGAGUUCACGCUCUUGUGUGGCCCUGAGGAAACCUGUUGCUCUUCUCAGGUGUCAGGCCACACAGCAAAAUGCUCGGAAGAGCGGAACGUAAAAUCCAGUUGUAAUGGUACCUGUGGCGACAAGGAAGACAAAGAAAACAUUCCAGAGGACAGCAGCACGCUCUCCAAACGCUUCCGUUUCGAUGAUUCAUUGCAGUAUCCCCAGGACUUCACGACAGACUUCUUAUGUUAAUGUGUAAUACAGACUUUUAUCAAAUGAAUUCAUCAUAAUUUGUUCCAGUGGUGAAAAUAAGAUUAUGGCUUGCCAAUUCCCGUAGCAUUGGCGUACUGGAAAUGCACUUUGAUUCUUUUAUGCUGGUGCCUCCUUUUCUAUCCAUUGCUGGCAGUGGAUUUAACUCCUGAGAAAUUGGAGUUGUAGCGCCAAUAAAGUGAAUUAUUUUUUUUAAAGAAGAUAUAAAUAAAAUAUUUUUGCACUUUUCGAGUUCUAGUCAAAAAAUGACGCUAGACUGAACAAACCAAAACCUGAAAAUGAGUUUGUUUAAACUCAGCCUUUGCCAAACUGUGGUUGCAUACAUGCAUGCUUUUAUAACUCACCUUUAUAAGAAAUUGGUCUGAGCAAGGAAACUGAAUCUAGCUGUCUUACUGGACUUACUUCUGACCCUUCUCAUCACUUUACGUAGAGGCUAAAGUUGGUGUGGUUUGGGACUGAUAAAUCUGCUGGGGCAUUUGGAAAACUGUUUUCCCUCUGGGACAGCUAGUAGUUAUGCAGGUGUUUCUGCCUUGUGGACCUGGGCCUCUCAGGGGUUGUAAUCCAUACCCUGUGGUUUUGCUGUGUUGGAUCUUUGCAGCUCCUGAAUAGAAAACGGGUAGACUGGCAGUCCUUGUGCUAGUGGUCCUUGGCUUCUUACCAGUAAAUUAUGUUUGAUGAAGAUGAGUUUUCUAUGCUGAUGUGAAUAUUUGAUGAACUUAUUAGAUUGUUUUUAUAAAAACUCUGAAAUAAUAUUAUCUACCUGUACUGACCUUUUCCUUAUCUUAAAAAAUCUCCCCAAAACAACCAAAAAACCACAAAAUACCCCCCUCCAAAACAACAACCAAAAACACACAAAGGAGCCCCAAAACAGAAAGCCUCUUUAUAGUUAAAAGUAGUAACUGAAUAAACUGAAAAUAACCAUUUUUGCCAGCGAAGCUGCAAUUAACAACUUUUCUUUAUGUCCCUCUAAUGUAGAAGUGCAGUGCAUCUUUGUCAGUUGUUGUUGCCCCGAACAACUCAGCUUCAUACCUGCUCUGAGAAAUGGACAGCAGUGUGUUAGUACUUAAAGACAAACUACCUGAUAAUUGUUUUAAGGCUUUUAAUUUGGUUUGCUCGGUGGUAAUUUUUUUUAAGUUAUGUCCCUUCCACUUCCUGUUUCUAGGCUCUUAGGAAAUAAUGCCUAUGUAGUGAGUCUUGACUUAGAGCAAAUGCCAGUGGUGUCUUAAACAGCCUGAAACUAAUACUGACAAAAUAAAUGACUAAUUGUAACAGAGGCUGGAAGUCUUUUUGUGCAGGGAAUGUAUUUAAACUCCUACAGGUAUUUUGAAAGUAAAUGUCACUUUAAAAUAUAUUUUUGGGAUUUUCUACUCCUCAGAGCUUAAAUUUAAUUGUCAUUGAUUUGGAUUUGUUUUCUAUAAUAAAAUACCACCAUCUGAUAA